UUUGGUACGAUAUAAUUAAUUAUAAGAAGAAAAUCAAAAGACAAAUUGCAGGUGAAACGAUGUCAUUUAGAAAAGUCGAGAAGAAAUCUACCGAAAUGGGCCGCAACAUGUCCCACGAGAAGUCGGACUCUGAUUCGGACAAAGAAGGAGCCCCCAUGAUGGCUGGAGGUUACACUGAAACGGUUAACCGCAGCGACGACGACGAUGACUGGGACGAACCGGUUGACUCUGGCAAAGCCUGUGCUAACCUCACCACCGCCAUGGAAACUGUUCCUAUCAAUCGCUACAGCCGCAAAUAUUACCCUAAUUACUAAGCAUGCAAGAGAUGGGCUCGGCUACGUAAAUGGGAAAAAAAAAAUAAAGACCUGCUCAUUAGUCAAAAGGCUCGUAGAGAAAUUAUGUAUUGAGUCUGAAUGUAGUAAAUAAAAAGAAUCCAAGGAUGAAUGCCUCAUGAUAAUAUCAGUGAUGAUAAUCUCAUUGGUAUCAUGCGGUUUUUAUACAAUGUAACUACGGAAUGACAAUGUUACUCAUAACUACUUCUAUUA